AUGGCGCCGCACACGCGACUUCGCAAAGACCCUGGCCGCCGCAUUGACUACAGACGUCUCACUCAAGCGCGCGUAGGCAGCCAGCGCAACCCGGUCGUGGUGCCAGAUUCGCCGCCGCCGCCGACACUGAGGAAGACGAGAGCCAAGCAUCCGGCCUCGGGCAGCUCGCGCACGCACAACGGUCGCAUCUCGAAGUUGCGCCCAGCUAAACUCACGAAGGCGGCCCGCGUCUCGCCCCGCCCGCCCGCCCGCAAGGACUGUGCGAUUUGUGCGGACACCAAGCUUGUCAAAUACUUUAAGAAGCCGGCGAAGGUCAAGGUCUGCGAGCACUUCGUCAACAUCUGUUCGCCGUGCGUAGGCAACAUGCUCAAGUCCAAGGUCACAAACCGGCAGCUGAACGACGCGACCCUGGCUUGUCCCUUUCCUCAGUGUGGUCACGAGCUUGCAUUUGAGACGGUCAAGGUGAUGGCCUGCAAGACUCUCUUUGAGGACUGGGACAAAGCCCUCGUUAAGCACCACCUCCGAUCUAGUGAGAGCUUCAUCGCCUGUCUGAAUACCGGAUGCGGUCGCUACUUCUCCAUCGAAGACUGCAGUAGUAAGCGAAAGGCCAAAAAGAAGGCCGAAUGCCCAUACUGCGCAUACGAACUCUGCCUUACCUGCAACCGGCCCUGGCACCCGUCCGGCAGCUGCGACAAGAAUAGGAAUGCAGAGAACAAGAAGUCCGAGACGGCAAUCAAGGGUAUGGGCGCGAAGCCUUGCCCGGGCUGCGGUGUCAAUAUCCAGAAGAAUGGUGGAUGUGAUCACAUGCAUUGCAACCGCUGUGGCUUCGACUUCUGCUGGGUCUGUCUCGUGCAGUAUACCCCGACGAUGCAGCAUGCUGCUGGCUGUCCUCAUGGGAUUCGCAACAUCGCGGCCGAUCCGGGUAACUACGUCAUCGAUGCCUUGGACCUUGCCCAUAUGGUACACGGCGCGCCCAUCCCGCCUGUACCGCCCCACGCCGGAGUCCCUCCCCCGCGCCCUCCCCCGGGCCGUCCCCCACGAGUUGGCUUCGGUGCCGUUCUGGACUUCCUCCACGCCGGAAACUGA